UCUCUCUCUCUCUCUCUCUGUAGAUAUGAAUAUUGUGUACACCAAGACAUUGGUAUAUUAGUUUACCUUCUUUUGCCAUGCCUCCUAACUUCACAACCUGUCAAUCCUGAAUUAUUAACAUGACCAAGAACAUGAUUAAGGAUUGGUUAAUUUAGUGAGAGGAGUGAGGAAGGGUGAGGUUUAUUGCUUUGUUGUUUCUCUAAAUCUAGUGGGGAGCUUGGAAAUUAAUAUUGGCCUGCCUUGCCCUGCCAAAGAGAUUUGCUGGUGUAGAGUGGUCCAAGAAUCUUCACCCAAUUCACACAGGAGGAGGGGGAGGGCUUAACUAUUGCUAGCUGCACUCCUUAGAUUGCUCUGUUCACUCAACUCCGAUUAGUAUGGAUGAUCAAAUGACUGAUGAUAUUGAUGGAUGCUUAUCUUAAUUCUCUACUAAUUGCGUUGUUUUGGCUUACCAGUAUCAUAGUACGAUUGGCAUGAAGAAGCAAACCUUUCAAUGAUACUCACACUAGACGACCUCCACUUCUGCUCCUUCUUUUUCAGGAAUGGGAACAAAAAUUGAAUAUAUGAUCAAUAUAUUAGGAAGCUCACAAAAUAGCAGCAGCUUAAAGGUGCAUCGGGUGGAUGACUGGGACUAUUUUCAGAAAACUGGGCUGAAGGAGAAGUAUCAGAAGGCUAGAGUUGAGGACGCACUUUGGAACUUGACGGAGAAGAAGAUGCUUGACAAGCACAGCAUGGAUACCAUCAAGAAGACAAUGCAGAUGCAUGAAUCUACCUUUAAACACCAGAUUCGAGAGCUACACCGUCUGUACAGUGUACAAAAGAUGCUAAUGGAAGAACUGAAGAAAGAGAAUAAACAAAAUAGACUUUGGGGUCCAAUAACUAGUAGUGCAGAUCACAGUAACCAAUCCCAGUUGAUUAACUGGCAGCACUCGAUAACUCAAACUUCUUCUGGAUAUAAUUUCCACCUUCAGAGAUUGAGGGAUGAUCCAAACUCUAGAGAGCGCAGUGGAAGUUGCUCAGGAGACAUUCAGAGAGUGUCAAGGGGAUUUGACCUUGAAUGGCCUGCCGAGGAAGACAUCUCAACAAGAGUCAGUACAAUUGACAAAGAACAAGCAGGACCAAGCUCUCACAUGUCCCUCAAAAGUAUAAGUGCAGCUGGUUGUGAUGAAGAUAGUGAAGUGGAGCUUUCAUUAAGCAUCGGAAGUAACAAGAACAGGAAGAUAUCGAGACCUUACCAGCCUCAGUUAGGAUGUUCGGAACUGAUCCAGAAAGCAAAAGAACUCGAUAUGCGGGCCUCAUUCAAAUCAGAUAGAGGAGGAGAUUGCAGUUAUCCGACAACUCCCAUGAGCAGCUCUAGUGCAACAUGUGAUCAAGAAAGAAAGCAGCCACGUUGGCUCGUCCAUGGUUUAAAGCUCAAAUAGGACUAAUACUUCAGCUUUCGUGGAUGUUUCUUCGAAAAUCUACAUGCUGUUCAUUAGUGAAAUUCUAAUAAAAGUUGUCACUUUAAUAACUAGACAAUCGAGAAACUGUUGUCAUCAUGCAUAACAUUGGUAUAUAUAAGAAAUUUUCGAACGUUGGUUGCUCCA